AUGUUCCAUGUUGUGGAUCUUUAUUCGUCCUUACCGCGUGAGGCCAAGAAUAAGGGCUAUUUGAGGAGGAACAACAUUGCACGAGUGCUUGGGGGUAAGCUUACAAGAGAUACUUAUUGAAGGGGUAAACGUGGUGUUGAAAGCGAAAAAAGUGAAAUCAGUAUUCAAUUUAAAAAAACUUUUAAAAGUGUACCUAUUGUUUUGGAGUCUGAAAACAUUAGCCGCGUUUGCAAAUUGCACUUGUAAAAGUUUUAUUAAAUUGACCCCUGUUUCUUAUACUUUCAUUAACUUCAUUACGAGUUUACUCAUAGUUUUUAGUAUUUUUUUGGCGAACAACAUCUGGGAAAAAUGUAUUAGUGCAGACAUAUAACCUUGCUCUAUGUAUUCUUUGGUGAUUUAUUCCUUCAUCUUUGAAUUCUACUUGUAAAUACUUCAUGAGAUUCAGAAGGACAACAACUGUGAAGGAUGAGAAACCUUCGCCAAAACAAACUUCGAAAUUUGAAAAUAAAUAAAAAACUAUAAACUGUUGGUACUGCGUGCCUCACGCCGUCCCUUCCCUUUAUCCACCGUGAAUAAUAUCUUACAUUAAUAAAGUUCCUUUGAACUUCAGGAUUUCAUUUUCUUUCCUUUUUUCUUGUAAGCGGAGAGAUUGUCUCCAGAAAAGCCUCGGGAUGUCAAAAUUGACAUUGAAGAUGGACUUGUGGAAGGUAGAAAAAGACGGCGCGCUCAGAGUCCAGUUAGUUCCGACAAGAGAAAGUCAGGGGCAAGCCGUAGCACCACUGAGGCAACAGCCACUCCUGAGCAGGAGGAUGCGCCAACUGUUAUACCGCUGAGCACAGUGAUCGGCGUCGUGACCUUACCUCGAGUGAAA